AUGGCUGAAUAUACUCCCGAUUCCUUCAAAAUCCUGCUAGGAAAACUUGUCAAGACUCCCGAGUAUUUCACUCCGGAAGACCUUGAACUCUCACUUCAUCACCUUUUCACCCCCGAUGCUGCCUUUCCCGCACAAACAGGUGCAUUCCUUACUGCCCUCCAUAUAGGAAGAGUGGAAAGACGUCCAGAAUUCCUUGCAGCGGCUGCUAAAGUCCUAAGGGCGCGCGCGUUACAAGCAGUCAUCGAGGAUAGAGACACGGAUUUUGUAGUCGAUAUCGUUGGAACUGGAGGAGAUGGUCACAACACGUUUAACGUUAGCACCACAGCAGCCGUCGUUGCUGCAGGCGCAGGCGCUCGAGUAAUCAAGCAUGGAAGCAAGGCUUCCACAUCUUCAUCUGGUUCAGCAGAUCUUCUACAAUCACUCGACUGUUUAUUCACUGCCCCUUCACAAGGCACUUCCUUUCCCAUAUCUAAGGUGCCGUUCACCUUCAUCCUCGCGCCUCAUUACCAUCCUGCGCUCGCUAUGAUUGCACCAUACCGCAAGUCCUUACCGUUCAGAACGCUCUUCAAUGUCCUUGGACCCCUCAUAAACCCUGCACGUCCACGAGGCAUGGUACUGGGUGUGGCUGAGCGCGAGGUUGGUCCUACCUUCGCUCAGUCCCUACAUGAGGGUGGCGUCGAACGCGCUCUCGUGGUAUGUGGAGCCGAAGGACUUGAUGAGAUCAGCUGUGCAGGUAACACACACGCGUGGCAAUUAGUGGAUGGCAAAAUUACCGAAACCACAUUGCACCCAGAUCUUUUCGGAUUGAGUACCCAUCCACUUACAUCCGUAGCGGGCGGAACGCCAACAGAGAAUGCAGAGACAUUCAAAGCGCUCCUCAACUCGCGUAAUGACAUACCAGAGUCGUUGACGCCUGUUCUGCACUUCGUCUUGUUGAAUGCAUCGGCGCUUCUGGUUGUCGCAGGUUUGGCUUCAAACUUCAAAGAAGGGGUUGCGCUAGCGAUGAAUAGCAUAACUUCGGGGAGCGCAUGGGAUGCAUUUGUAGUGUUUCGAAAUGCUAGUAGGGAGGCAGUGAAGGAGACCGACGAAGUCAAAAAAAAGGAAAUCUAG